AUGAAUUGUAUCAAAUGUGUUCGCGCUCUGCCGGCUGACGGAAGGUUUUUGACAUGUGCAUCUUGUCGGAAUGGUUACCACCUUGGUAAACCCUGCUCCGGUGUAGCGGAUGGGACUUUUGCGGGAAUGGGCGCUGCUAGACGAGAAACAUGGAAAUGUCCCACUUGCCGGACCGGCGAGAUCCGUACAGGCGAGAUCCGAACAGUCUCAGGGACUGCUGGUAACUGCUCACUAGAGGAUUCCGGCAACGCCGACGUGAGCAGACAGGAGCUUGUAGAUUGCGCUUCUGUUACCAGUCAGCUGGCUUCGAUCAGCGCUACGCUUAACCAGCUUCUUUCGUUGAAGGCUAGUGUUGAUACCCUUCUGCCCCUUCCAUCUAAAGUGGAUCAGUUGCUGGCUCUAAGACCAGCCGUCGAUGAACUGCGCAGCACGGUCGAAGGAUUACAAAGGACCGUUGACUCUUUUAGCCUAAAAUACGAUUCCGUGCUCGCUAUGGCAAUGACCAAUGAGGAAGCUGUGAAGGAUUUACAACAGGAGGUGGACACAGUCAGGACAACAAUGGAACAUCAGGCUGACACAAUUGAGCGACUGAAAGAAGAGCUCAAUGAUACGCACCAGUACAGUCGCCGUUGCAAUAUGGAGCUACACGGUCUUCCCUUUGUUCAUGGCGAGGACCUGGUGCAAAUCAUGAACGACCUAUCUCAAAAGCUUGAUGUUCCAACACCUCAGCCUUCGGACAUCCUGGCAAUUCAUCGCCUUACAAAAAAACCUGACUCAGUUCCAACAGUUCUGAUAAACUUCACCUCUGUCGCCAUAAAGAACUCUUGGAUGUCUGCACGAGGAAGGCUACGCAAACGGUGCCGGUCUGAAGAUCAACCGAACUUAUUCUUCAAUGACAACCUUACACCAGCGAAUAAAGAACUUUUUUGGCUGGCGAGAACUCAGGGCAAAAAACAUGGAUACCGGCAAAUGUCGACCGUCUUUGCGACCUUCCAGCAAAAGUAG